AUGACUAGCAGUUCUCAAAACAAGGGAGUAAAAGAGUUGAUAUUACCACUGAAUACGUCUCCCUUGUUCCGAGCAACUGAUCUGAUUAAACGCGGAGCCGGCGGGGCGGGUUGCGGCCACGCCCACCGGUCGAUGGCUCGCGCGGCUCACACUUGGCCGAUGGCAUUGUGCCGUUAUCUGUGGGAGACGCGGCACGCUCAUCCGGCACUCGUCACAGAUAAGCAACGGUAA